GUGAUCGAGAAUAACAACAAACAUCCUCGUGAGAAAAAAACUACAAGCACGUGAUCUGACGCCAUUAUUUAAGUCGCUAGCGCGGGCAUUUGAAGAAAAGAGGAAGUUCUCUUGGCACGUACUCAUAAGAUUGAGCGAAAAGCGAGUCGUUGGACACAAAUUUUACGUGUUGUACUGUACAGAUCGAGUCCAAGCUAAAUUCAACAAGAAAAUGAAUACCAGCCGGACCUUCAAACACGUAGAGAACUCUUCUGAGAACAUUAAGAAUUUUUUUGCAGCAUCCGACCAGGGAAUGGGACCCCCCAGGAAAAGCCUGCAGGUUCUCCAGCCCUCUGCUGUCAACAUGAAUGUGGGCAGGAUAAAACUGGCAGGGAAGGCUGUGCCCAAAAGGAAACAGUGGAACCCAGAACAGGUGAAGGGUUCCAAGAGGUCCAAGGCUGAAGUCAAGUCCACACAGACGGAAAACCUCCCAGAUGGCCUCUCCACAGAGGCAUAUGAACUCAUGGUCAAAGAAACCCCUCCUUCAAGCUAUUGGAAAGAAGUGGCUGAGGAACGUAGGAAGGCUCUGUACGACGUUCUCCAGGAAAAUGAGAAGUUGCACAAAGAGAUUGAGGCCAAAGAUGAGCAGAUCGCCCAUCUGAGGAGUGAGAACGAGGAGCUGCAGGAGCUGGCUCAGCAUGUCCAGCACAUGGCCGACAUGAUCGAGAGGUUAACGGGUAAGAGCCCAGAAAGUCUUGAGGACCUGAGGGAGAUCGCUUUGGAUGUUGAUGAGUUGGAAGAGCUUGAGGAAUCAGAUGAUGACUGCACACCCAGUGAGGAGGAGGAGGAGGAGGAGGAAGUACAGAAUAAAGAUCAAGCUGAAGCCAAUUGAACAAGUUAAUUUGUCCCAAGUGGAGGUCGGACUGAGUUGGAAUAUGCCCUUGCUGCUCAAUGGUUCUUUUUACAGUAUUCUGACAGGAAAGACUGUUCACAAUUAAUUCACUGUAAAUUAUUGGUGCGUUAUUCACUGAAACCAUUUGAUUCUGGGGCUUUGAUAGGGGAAGGCUGGUUUUGUUUUUAAGAUGUUUUUUUUUUUUUCCUUUCUGGUGUUAAACACUUAUUUAUGCAGUUGUAUUGCA